GGGUUUCCGGUGGCAGCGGCACUCGGGCGUCGGGUGACGCUAGGCGGACAGAUCGUCACGUGACACGGAAGUGACUACGAACAGGAAGAGGACGAAAAAAAUAACCGUCCGCGACGCCGAGUCGAGCCGGAUCCGCAGCCACCAUGAACAGCAAAGGUCAAUAUCCAACGCAGCCAACUUACCCCGUGCAGCCUCCUGGGAACCCUGUGUACCCUCAGACCUUGCAUCUUCCUCAGGCUCCACCUUAUACUGAUGCUCCACCUGCCUACUCAGAGCUGUAUCGUCCGAGCUUUGUGCACCCAGGGGCUGCCACCGUCCCCACCAUGUCAGCUGCAUUUCCUGGCGCCUCACUGUAUCUUCCCAUGGCCCAGUCUGUGGCUGUUGGACCUUUAGGUUCCACAAUCCCCAUGGCUUAUUAUCCAGUUGGUCCCAUCUAUCCACCUGCCUCCUCCCCCUGGAUGCCCUCCCAAUGCUGCUCAGCUGGCAGUCAUGCAGGGAGCCAACGUCCUCGUAACUCAGCGGAAGGGAAACUUCUUCAUGGGUGGCUCAGAUGGUGGCUACACCAUCUGGUGAAGAACCAAGGCCAUCUCUAUGCUGGGAAAGACAUCACAUACCUUCAGCACUUCUCACAAUGUAACUGCUUUAGUCAUAUUAACCUGAAGUUGCAGUUUAGACACAUGUUGUUGGGGUGUCUUUCUGGUGCCCAAACUUUCAGGCACUUUUCAAACUUAAUAAGGAACCAUGUAAUGGUAGCAGUACCUCUCUAAAGCAUUUUGAGGUAGGGGAGGUAUCCAUUCAUAAAAUGAAUGUGGGUAAAGCAGCCCUAAGGAUCUUCCUUUAAUUCCUCUGGAGUAAUACUGUACCAUACUGGUCUUUGCUUUUAGUAAUAAAACAUCAAAUUAGGUUUGGAGGGAACUUUGAUCUUCCUAAGAAUUAAAGUUGCCAAAUUAUUCUGAUUGGUCUUUAAUCUCCUUUAAGUCUUUGAUUUAUAUUACUUGUUAUAAACAAACCGCAUUAGUUGUCUGCCUUUUCCUUUCCAUCCUUGGCCCCUGGUCCUACCCUCAAUCCUUGUCUUCCACUCUUUCCCACCAAUCUCCAUUGAAUCAAUGGUGCAGGACAGAAAGCCAGUCAGACUAAUUUCCUUCUCUCCUUGCACUUUCCCCCACUUGUCAUCUUUUAACUAGUCUUUCACAAAGGAUCCUCUGAAACCCCCUCUGUGCCCCAAGCACAGGACCCAUUUCUUCUGCUUUUGCAUCUCCUCAGGCAAAAGCGGAGGGUGCUUUUUGGACCCUCCUCAUAGGUUUUCUCUUCAGACAUGAACCAAACCCAAAUUUGUUUUGGUGCCAGAAAAACUGAACCUUGUUUUAACAAAGGAUACCAGUGCAAACUGUACUGUAAACAGCAGUUUGUUUAUAAAUUUUGAGGGACAAGGAGGAGGAUGCAUUUAAAAGCCUGAUGACUCUGGAGCCAAAUUAAGGGGAGUUUGCAGAUCAGAAAUUGGUUACCAUUUCUUGUCAGUGUCUGAUGUAGCCACUCAUGGCUCCCAAGAAUUCCUCAGCUGGGUUAAUGGGGUCAUGUUGUGAAUGCCUCACUACUAAAUGACUUGAGUCCAGUGAAAUCUCAUUAGGGUUAAGAAUAUUUCAGGGAUCCUUAAUAUUUUGAUUUUUGUUUUCUAAAAUUGGAUUUUAUUUUAUUUUAUCUUAUAAUUUCAGUUCAUCUAAAUUUGUGUUCUGUACAUGUGAUGUUUGACUGUACCAUUGACUGUUAUGGAAGUUCAGCGUUGUAUGUCUCUCUCUACACUGUGGUGCACUUAACUUGUGGAUUUUUUAUACUAAAAAUGUAGAAUAAAGACUAUUUUGAAGAUUUGAAUAAAGUGAUGAAGUUGCAUUACACCUCA